AUGCUGGCUCGCACCUCUCCAGAACUGGGUCGAUGUCUACAUCUGCUUUUCGGGCCUGAGUACUGCAGUAACGUGCUGGCACAGUAUCAGGCAGCCCUGGUCUCCAGCGGUGCCCUGGUCCAGCUAGGCACCGUCUCUACCGGUGCUGUAGUGGUCUCAACCAGUGGAAGCCUAGUUUCCCCCGUUUGCCAGUUGCAACCGUUGUCCACUUUCGCUUCAUCCCAAGCACAACCCCCUCCCCCGCCUCCCACCCCACCACCCAUUGGGGCCCCUAGUUCCACUUCUUCCCCAGGCAGCUCGCUGACCCAAUUGCCUGUCUUGCUGCCUCCUCCGCCUUGCUCCUCUUCAUCCGUGGCUGGCGCAACUGCUCAGAUUGAUCCGGCAGCAUGUUCGCAAAACGCCUUUGUAUCUUCCCUCCAUUUAUCAAAACGAUCCACAACGCCUCCUCUCGCUUCACCUGGUUCUCCUAGCAAUGGAAAAGCUUUAGAAAUCUCCUCACAGGGCCAUCCGGUAGAUCCCCGGCUUUCUCGUUUUUCCUCUCCUGUAACCUCCUUACCUUCGUCUACCCUGCCAUCUGCGCUCUCGCCACUCCCGUUGGAUGGCCUUUCGCUGCCAGGCGAUUUUUAUUCCGCACAGGCAUCCGCCUUGCGUCGAACUGACGACCCGGCUUCUCUCAUACAGACAAAUCAUUUAGAGUCUCCACUCUGUAAUGCCUUUGUUUCAAACCAUUCCACCGGCACUGUAGGGCCUCCUCACUCUUCGAACCCCCAGUCCCUUUCAUUCAUUGCUGGCUCACCUACCCCUCUUUCCUCUGCCAACGACUUAACAGCUGCAUUAACCACUUCAAGUGCGAUCGCAUCCUCCGGUGGCUCUGGACUUUCAGCCUCUUUGGUAGGACCACUUUCUCCGGCUUCCCCUGGUGCAUUUCUAACUGGGCAUCCGGAUGAAGUACCCCCUCUUGCAGCUGAUGAAUUAAACACACUUUUCAUGCCCAUCCCAAAUCAGGCGUCCGAAGUCGUAAAGUCCAGGUAA